GUCUCUGCCUGUAGCCAUCUCCAGCCUCUCUCUGUGUGUUUUGCGAGCACAGCUACAGGCGGCUGAGUCUGUCAUUGGGACUCGCUAAUGAGCCCUCCACUCUGUCUCCCCAUGUGGAGAAAUGAUUGCACUGGAGAGUGAGUGAGAGAGCGGAGAGAGAGAGGGAGAGGGAGGGAGGGAGCAAGUGAGUGAGGAGCCAAGGAGUGGAGCAUGAGAGGAGCUGUUGUACCUGCUGCUCUCGGUGCUCAAAUAUUAACGGGUUUUCUGGGAACCGAUGCCGCUGCUCUGGGACAAGCCCAAACUGUGGAGGCAGCCGGGCUCAGUGGUUCGUGGACAGACAGCCUGCCGCCGCCGCUGCUGCCGGAGGCACUGCUGCGUCUGAGAGUCUGAUGGAGGAGGAGGUCACAGAGCCCGAUCCUCGGGCAGCGGAUCCCACGGGCGUGCCACCAUCGUCGCCAGGGACACACUCGGAGGUAAACGGAGACUUGCCGGGCAACCCGUACCUGAGGGACGGGACGGCGGACGUGAUGGAGAGUCCGGCGAGGUACCCUUUUGUGCUGCAGGAUCCUGCUGCGUACAGCCACCACUGUGGGGAGAAGAUGCCGUUCCACCAUGUGACGGCAGGCCUGCUCUACAAGGGGAACUACCUGAGCCGCUCGCUGUCGGACAGCGACAGCGACGUGCUGGCCAGCAUCACCGUGGAGGAGCUUGAUGAGAUCCGUGAGGCGUUUAAGGUGCUGGAUCAUGACGGAAACGGGUUCAUUUCCAAACAGGAGCUGGGCAUGGCAAUGCGCUCGCUGGGCUACAUGCCCAGCGAGGUGGAGCUGGCCAUCAUCAUGCAGAGACUAGACAUGGACGGUGACGGACAGGUGGAUUUCGAGGAGUUCAUGACGAUCCUUGGACCCAAGCUCCUGUCGUCGGAAACAAGAGAUGGCUUCCUGGGCAGCACAAUCGAUACCAUCUUCUGGCAGUUCGACAUGCAGAGAAUCACCCUGGAGGAGCUGAAACACAUCCUGUUUUACGCCUUCCGCGACCACCUGACCAUGAAGGACAUUGAGAACAUCAUCAUCAACGAGGAAGAGAGCCUAAAGGAGAACUCUGGGAACUAUCAGACAGAGUUUGAGGGAGUUCACCCUUCGAAGAAGAACCGUCAGACUUGCGUGAGGAAAAGCCUCAUCUGCGCCUUCGCCAUGGCGUUCAUCAUCAGUGUCAUGCUCAUCGCGGCCAAUCAGAUGCUGAGGAACGGCAUGGAGUAGCUGCGCCCACUGUGAGCGAGGGGGACGGGGACGGGGGGAUUUGAGCCAGCCUGCAUGUGCAUGCCAGUGGGUGAGGUCAUAUCCCUGUUGAUAGGAAAAGAACUACAAGGAAUUACGCUAAAAUAACCCACGACAAAAUUCAUUUUCAAGACUAUUCUCAGUUUUUCCGAAUGAGUGGCACCUCUCCACCUGACGUCCAAUGAAACCGUGAAGCCAGCACGAGGAGUCACGCAGGAUUCCUCCCCCUUUACCCUGAUAGGGACACUCAAGGGCUGACAUUACACAUAAUAACUCUGUCGUGUCUGUUUCCCUGAUGCAAUAAAAAAAAAAAUAAUAAUUUAAAUUACAUAAGGAAAAAAAAAUCAUAUUGAGUGCAGGAGUUCAGAGCUGCUCGCUGUUCCAGCAGGCCAGAUGUGACUGCCGAUCCGUCACCCACCAGGAGUCUGAUAAGCCACCAGGGCUGCAGGGGCACUUAAAGGGAACAAUUGCCCCCUCAUCAUAGUUCCUGGAAGCAUGAUGACAGACCUCGCCAAGACUCGAGUGGUAGGAUCCGCGUACGCCGUCAGGCCACAGCUCCUGUAGCGCCUGUGGUGCUACGAUGCUGAAGCUCUCUGACUUUCUAUUUUCAACCACUGCAUCUGUGGGCUGGUAUGAGGUGCUGGCAUCGGUUCAUCAGCUCUACACACCAAACAGUCGAGCGAACACAAAAUGCUAAACGGGAACUCUGGGCUGGUGUUUUGGCCUUGGAUUAUUCAUGAAAGAACACCGACGUUUUGAAAGUCUGAACACUGUUCAGGUGCAAAGAAAAUGUUUGUGUGUCCAAAAGAAUCCACCCUUUCACUGUUCACACUGUUAUACUGUAUAUCAUCUACCUGUCGUGUUCAGUGCACUCAAGUUUUUAAUUGCAAGGUGAUUUAAUUCAACUUCCUCUGUCUGCCUUGUCUACUGCUUUUCCCUAAAUUACUUUUGACAAUCCUCAGAGAACAAUUGUGAAACAAUCACAUUCGAUGACGAUGGUAAGAGCGAAAUAGCAAAAAGUUCUCCAGUUAGUCAAAGCGGAAUUUAACCUUUUAGCGCCAGUAUAUGUCUCGCAGCUUCUUCGUAUGUUGGUGCGGUGGCUAAAUGAUGCUUUUACACUUUAUUCCUGAGGAAACAUCUCAUUGAUACUUGGAUAUUUUUCGUAUUAGUUGGAAAAUGUAUGUUAUGCCACAUCAUCUGAGAAAUCAACACAGCAUUUAUUAACAGUGUCGAAGUGUUUUAGGGUGGAUUUUUUUUUUUUACAUCUUUAAAUCCCACCUAAAUAAGUUAAUGAAUUAUAACUUAGUGCUGUGAAAAGUUGACUCCCCUCAAGUUUCCAACACUUUUUGACGUCUACAUAAGGUUUUUUCAAGCAGAAAUGCCCAAAAGAAUUGUUGGCAGUCACCAUAUUAACUUUAUUUUAAUUUUGAAACUGUUCCUGUUGUGUGAUAGUAGACUACAGAUAAAACAUUUUGAACCAUGUGAAUUCUGAUUGCAAACUUUCUCACAGCACUGAAGGAUUUCAAGACGCGUCUUGAUUUCCGCUGAGGUCGGCUCUGAACUCCCGCACUGACUCUCAUCUCAACAUGUGAACCCAGCCAGGGAGGGGGUCAGAAACACCCAUGUUGUCAAGUGCAUGCGAUCAAGUCUGUCUUUUGUAAAUACCGUGACCCCACGUCGGAGGUGUCUCAAGUGUCCCGCCGAAGGUACAGUAUCUGUAUGCGCAUGACUGUCGGUGCUCUCUGCUCACCCGGGUUCAGACGUGCAGGGAGGAAGAUCAGCAGAUGGAGAAGCGGCUGAUUUAUUACAAACGCGUCAGACCUCUUCUGCUUUCUCUCAACACUCUUGCCAAAGCCAUAGAACCACCGCAGAGGUGAACCAGACAACACAAUGUAAUAUAAUUGUCCCUGUUCCUACAUGGAAACACAAGAUCACUCAUGUAGGAUUUGAUUUCUUCCUGUUAUUUAAAAUAUUUUUUUCUGCACUGUACCUGUCGUUUAUUUCAGUAAAAUGAAAAGGAGGGCUGUAAGGUUUGUGCGAGAGUGCCAUCUAGAGGUGAAGUGAGAUCACGGUGUCCAUGCUGUUGUCCCACUGCAGUGUUUGUGUUUCUUCAUCUCUCAGCACUGUGGCAAUAUGAUGACUCUCACAGCGUUGUAUUCACAAGGUCUGGCAAUUGUGAAUCCUAAAUGUUAAAAUAUGAGUAUUUCUAUGUUUGUAUGUUGACUUUGAUCUACCAACACAGCGGGGUAGAGCAGUACUUGUGUUUGAACACGAUGCAUUUCUUGCCUAUGGCAGAAAAAAAAAAAAGUCCUUUUGAAUCUGUAGAAAGGUUUCAUUCACAGAUGAAUAGUUACAUUUCAGAAACUAAUGAAAACGCAUUUUGUGCAAAAACAGUCUACAAAACCUUGUAGAUCACACUGGUUCUGUUUUGUUUUUUUUACAUUUGAAAAAGUUACACUGAUUUUAUUUUAAUGUUUGUAUCCUUCAAUUUUGCAUUAGUGGUGGAAAUGUCACACUGAAUUCACAGCUAGUCACUGCUUGCAUGUAGUGGUUAACCGGAGAAGUGUUUUAUAUUUGUCUUUUAAAUUUUAUUUUCGCUUGUGUAUUUCUUUUUUUUUAGUACCAGUAACUGUGGUUAGUUUUGUCAAUUCAAACUGCCCUGUCCCUGCAGCAAGGUUGCAUGUUUAAAGCGUUUUAUUUCGGAUGGGAAACACAGUGUCUCUACAGUAGCAUGGUGAUUGGAUCCCACGUGUUUCUGUUCUUCAACCAUGUACAUAGCAUAUGUAUUUGACAAGCACACGCUAUACAUACUUUGCAUGUGCAAUAUUUAAACAUGUAGACUAGAGAAAGACUUUCAGUUGUACUAUUUAUUAGAGGCAUAAUAAUUAUGAAAUUGUAAAUACGGAAAUCUGUACAAAAGUCAUGAGUAAGCAUUGAUGCAAUAAAACUGUUUUUUAAAUGGU